AUGGAUGAUGAGAUGUCCCAUGUUCAAGGAGGUGGAAUACCAUCUCCAUCUGGUUGGUCCACUGGUUUUUCUCAAACUAAUGAUUCGUUCAACGAUAUUCGGGAACAACCCCUUUUUGUUCCCGCUCCGAACUUCGUCCCCGAGCCCUGUAUUCUUGGCCAAGGUAGAGGGGAAACUGAUAGUAACCAGUUUGGCCCUGACAUUAGCCAAAUGCUAGAUAACCCGUUUAGGAAUCUUAGGCAUCGACGCGCCCAUUCCGAGAUUCUGACCCGUCCUGACAAUGGCAUCAACUUCGAUGGUGAUCUCGGUGUUCUACGUGGCAGUUACAAGCCUUUCUUUUCCGAUGAGAACGUGGAGCCUGACUUGUCUGGCAUAUACUUGGAUAUGGAUAGGCUUAAUUCCUCAUCUGCUAUGCCACCUUUAUUUCAGGUGGGAGAAACAUCCUCUGCGGCUACUGUCCUUCUCCCUCCUCCUCUUCCUCCUCAUUCUGCUGUGGCUGUGCCAUUAGCUACAGCUACAGGACCGACAUUGGGGCUUGCGUCGAGUUAUGCUGAGACUUCAGUUGGCGAGAGGACCCAGAUGAGGCACCACUACAGUCAGUCGAUGGACGGAUCAAUGACUAUUAACCCGGAAGUGCUUGCUCCGAGCUCCCAGGGGCCCUCAGGAAUGGAGAGAAAGAAGGCUCUUUCUGCUGCUAAGCUCGCCGAGCUGGCCUUGGUCGAUCCGAGGCGUGCCAAAAGGAUCUUGUCGAACAGGCAGUCGGCUGCGAGGUCAAAGGAGCGGAAGUUGCGUUACAUUUGGGAGCUCGAAAGGAAGGUGCAAACCUUGGAGACUCACGCCACAGCACUGAACUCUCAGUUGACCUUCUUGCAGAGAAAAACGACCUGUCUGAACACCGAAAACCAUGAGCUGAAGUACCGGUUGCAAACUAUGGAGCAACAACAGGUUCAAUUGCAAGAUGCCCUGAACGAUGCACUGAAGGACGAGAUCGAACAUCUGAAGGUGCUGACUGGCCAUCCCAUGCCCAACUGUGCACCAGCCAUGAUGCCUUCCGCUCCUUUCACACCGUGCCCGCCGUUUUAUCCUCCUAACAAUAGUGACGCAAGCCCUCUUAACGUUGCGCAGCAGCUCCAGCAGCUGCAGAUUCAGCGGCCGGAUCUGCAGCAUCCUUUGCAGGUUCAGCAUCAUCUGGUGCCACAGCUGGAACAACCAACUGGAAACUUCAGCAUUUGCGGGCCCGUGCACUUGGCGAUCGAGGGUGAUAACCAUGCUGCAGAUAAUUCUUCUGGGAAAUGA